GGAGGAAGAGGAGGGGGAAGUCUCUGCUGUCACUCACGCCGCUGCCGCUGCUGCUGUUGCGCUUUUACCGGCCAUGAGGUGAAGAACGGACUCUCUCAGGAGGAUUCGGCCGCUUUAUUCAGCUGCAGUGAUGUCCAGGUCGUAGACUGGUCCCUCCUCUCUGAUGUCCAGGUCAUAGACCGGUCCCUCCGCUCCACCAUGGACUCCAAGAAGUCGGGGGUGCUUCAUCACCUCCGGCAGAAGCUGCCUCACUUCGGGGGCCGGAGCCGAGCCGUGGCCCGGCUGGCCCAGAGCAUGGACCAGCGCAUGAGCUCGUCCGUCCCGGACAUGAGGAACAUGAAGCAGGAGUUCAGCCCGCUCUCCUCCCCCUCCUCGCACCUCCACCCCUUCAACAAGUCCAGCCACAGCAACCCGUCCACCCCGCCCCUGCGGCCGGCCCGGCCGGCGGGCCGCGCCCGCUCCAGGGCCGGCGGGAGGGGCCCGGAGGGGGGCGGGGCCCCUCAGGGCCAGCACAGGCUGAGCAUGCCCUCAGACUGGGACUCGUCUCAGGACUCGUUCAGCAGCAGCGUCUGUGACGGCGACAGGAGCUUCCAGGAGCCGCUGCAUCCAGACGCCCAGGGGAUGGAGGCCGAGGAGCUGGCACUGCCGGAGAUGAUGACGGUGUACUGCCCGGACAACCCCGCCGGGGACGUCUCGCCCGUCAGCUCGCAGGGCGAGCCGGCCGGGGAGGCGGUGAAUGUGACGGAGAACAUCCAAGAUCCUGCCCGGUCCUUCCUGCUCACCAUCAACCUGAAGGAGGGACGUAACCUGGUCAUCAGGGACCGCUGCGGUACCAGUGACCCGUAUGUGAAACUGAAACUGGACGGAAAAACCUUCUACAAAAGUAAAGUGGUUUAUAAAAACCUCAACCCUGCGUGGAACGAGAGUUUUUCGCUGCCGCUGAAGGAUCUGAACCAGAAAAUCUACAUCAAGGUUUACGACCGGGACCUGACGACUGAUGAUUUCAUGGGCUCUGCCUCCGUCCUGCUGACCGACCUGGAGAUCGACAAGGUGAGCGAGCUGUCGCUGCCGCUGGACGAUCCCAACAGCCUGGAGGAGGACAUGGGCUACGUGCUGCUGGACAUGACGCUGUCGCUGCGCAACGGAGACGGCAAGAAAGGCAACAAGUGGCCACAAAAACGAAAACGAAGCAGUAGGCUGGGGGGGGCCCCUCAGAUCGGCCGUCUGUCCGAGGCGCUGGAGAAGAGUCAGCUGUGGACGUCGGUGGUGGCCGUGGUUCUGGUCGGGGGUCACGACCUGCCGGUGGAGGCCCAGACCGGCCAGCUCUUCGUCCGCUUCAGGCUGGGAGAGCAGCAGUACAAGAGCAAGUCUCCGGGUUUCGAGUGCCACGAAGCUGCGGCGAUCACUUGGAUGUGUGAGGUGGACCUGUCCGGCGUCCCCUUCAACCAGAGGAAGCUCUUCAAGUGUCUGCUGGAUCACUGCAGGGGACACCUGAUCUUCCUGGUCACACUGGACACCUGCAGCGGCGUCUCCAUCUCCGACCUGUCGGCGGCGCCGCUGGACGAGGCCCGGGAACGGCAGGACCAGCUGGAAAACUAUAGUCUGAAACGGUCCCUGAAGAACCUGCGCGACGUCGGUUUCCUCCAGGUCAAAGUUCUCAAGGCCGCAGAUCUGAUGGCGGCUGAUUUAAACGGGAAGAGCGAUCCCUUCUGCGUGUUGGAGCUGGGAAACGACCGUCUGCGGACGCACACCAUCUAUAAGAGCCUGCACCCCGAGUGGAAUAAAGUCUUCACGCUGCCCGUCAAAGACAUCCACGACAUCCUGGUGGUCACCAUCUUCGACGACGACGGAGACAAGGCUCCGGACUUUCUAGGGAAAGUUGCCAUCCCCCUGCUCUCGAUCCGCAGGGGACAGCAGAUGUUCCCGCUGAAGAAGGAGGACCUGGGUCGGCUGUCGAAGGGGAGCAUCACUCUGGAGCUGGAGGUUAUUUUUAACCCUGUCAGGGCCAGCGUCAGGACCUUCCAGCCACCGGAGCGGCUCUUCGUGGAGGACAACCCCAAGUUCUCCAAGAAGGCUCUGGCGAGGAACGUGCUGCGCGUUCAGAACCUUUACAGAGCCAUCAUGUCGACUCUGCAGUACGUCAAGAGCUGCUUUCAGUGGGAGAGCGUUCAGAGGAGCCUGCUGGCCUUCCUGGUGUUCAUCCUGACCGUCUGGUACUGGGAGUUCUACAUGCUUCCCUUGGUCCUGGUUCUGCUGCUGGUCUGGAACUACCUGCAGAUCAGCUCGGGACGGGUCAGUCAGGACGAGGACAGCAUGGAUCUGGUGGAUGAAGACGAGGAUGAUGAGAAGGAGUCGGAGAGGAGAGGCCUCAUCGAGAAGUUCCACAUGAUCCAGGACACCAUCAUCACCCUGCAGAACCUGCUGGACGAGAUCGCCUGCUUCGGGGAGCGCAUUAAAAACACGUUCAACUGGUCGGUGCCGUUCCUGUCGGCUCUGGCGCUGCUGGUGCUCGUCACGGCCACGGCCCUCACCUACUACGUCCCCGUCCGCUACAUCGUCCUGGCCUGGGGUAUCAAUAAAUUCACCAAGAAGUUACGGAACCCGUACAGCAUCGACAACAAUGAGGUGCUUGAUUUCCUGUCGCGGGUGCCGUCAGAUGUGCAGAAGGUCCGCUACGGCGAGCUGAGGGGCAGGAAGAAGAAGGUGUCGUAGGCGUUGCCGCGGCGACGCGGAGGCAGGACGCUCCGCUGCUGGACCUGAUGCUGCCGUGUGUCGGCGUCAAACCCCAAACCUCCCGCCGGAGGAAGAGACUCUUUUCUCGUUGGUCAGGAGGCUGAAAACGCACCGUAUCAGCCCCCCCCCCCCCCGACCAAAGAAGUCCUUACUGAGAUUAUAUCAUAUUACAGUCACCUAUUUUAAAAUAGAUUGUAUUUUUCUAUGUGCCGUUCACAUAGAACGGUUUUUAGUGACAAGCUGCUGUAUUUUGUACUUUAUCUUUACUCUUCAAAGUGAGACUUUUAUAUGAAACUGUAACCUGCCAUCUUAAAGAAUGUAGUGGUUGAUAAUGUUUCUCAUCAGCUGUUUUACAGCCUGAGGUUCAGGAUAUUACGGAUGAUUUCAGGAUGAUUUAGUUGUUUUUACAUUUGGCUUUUACAUCUUGCAGUUGGCUGCAGAUACAGGACUGUCUCAGAAAAUUAGAAUAUUGUGAUAAAGUCCUUUAUUUUCUGUAAUGCAAAAAUGUCAUAC